AUGGCCUCUCAGCUUCGCAGGCCGGCUGAGCAGCCCGGGGGCAACCCUGAGGAGCCCGAGCUGGCCGUGAACCCAUUUGAUGGGCUUCCCUUCUCCUCCCGCUACUAUGAGCUGCUGGAGUGCCGGCGCGCCCUGCCUAUCUGGGCAGCUCGCUUUGUGUUCCUGGAGCAGCUGGAGAGUGGGCCUGGCGGGGUGGUGCUGGUGUCCGGGGAGCCUGGCUCGGGCAAGAGCACCCAGAUCCCUCAGUGGUGUGCAGAGUUUGUGUUGGCCAGGGGCCUUCAGAAGGGCCCGGUGACCGUCACUCAACCCUACCCUCUGGCAGCCCUGAGCCUGGCUAUGCGCGUUGCUGAUGAGAUGGACCUGACGCUGGGUCAUGAGGUCGGAUACAGCAUCCCCCAGGAGGACUGCACGGGGCCUGACACCGUGCUCAGGUUCUGCUGGGACAGAUUACUCCUGCAGGAGAUGGCCUCCACCCGGGGCCCGGGAACCUGGGGUGUGCUGGUGUUGGAUGAGGCCCAGGAGCGAUCAGUGGCCUCAGACGUACUCCAGGGGCUGCUGCGAGAUGCCAGCCUGGGAAAUCUCCCAGGGGAUCCCAAGGUGGUCGUGGUUACCGACCCAGCCUUUGAACCCAAGCUCCAGACCUUCUGGGGCAGCCCUCCCACUGUUCACGUGCCCAGAAACCCCGGGGGAGACCCCAGCCCUGACUAUAGGGACACUGUCCCUCCGGAUCGAGUGGAAGCAGCCUGUCAAGCAGUGCUUGAUCUGUGUCGGCAGGAGACACCGGGAGAUGUGCUUGUGUACCUGCCCAGUGAGGAGGAAAUCUCCCUGUGCUGUGAAGCCUUGUCCAGGGAGAUAAAGCUCUUGGCUCUGCCAGGGCCUCCACCACAGGUGCUGCCCCUUCACCCAGGCCUGGGCCGAGCCGUGCUGGCUGUCUACGAGGACUCAGACUUGGGGGCCCAGAAAAUCGUGCUCACUCACUGGCUGGCUGACUUUGCCUUCUCGCUCCCUUCUGUCCGCCACGUCAUUGACUCAGGGAUGGAGCUUCGCAGCGUGUACAAGCCUCAGAUCCGAGCAGAAUCCCAGAUGCUGAGGCCCAUCAGCAGGUGCCAGGCAGAGGCCAGACGGCAGCGGGCAAGAGGGUCCCCUCCAGGAUCUUGCCUCCGCCUGUACCCUAAGUCCUUCCUAGAACUAGACGCUGCCCCACUGCCCCAGCCCAGGGUGUGUGAGGAGAAUCUGAGCUCCCUGGUGUUGCUGUUGAAGAGGAAAGAGAUCGCAGAGCCAGCAUACUGUCACUUCCUGGACCGACCCUCUCCAGAGGCGCUGAUGCAGGCCCUGGAAGAUUUAGACUACCUAGCAGCCCUGGAUGACGACGGAGACCUCUCAGACCUGGGCAUCAUCUUAUCCGAGUUCCCGCUGCCCCCUGAGCUCGCCAAAGCCCUGCUAGCCUCAUGCGAGUUCAACUGUGUGGACGAGAUGCUCACUCUGGCCGCCAUGCUCACGGCUGCCCCUGGGUAUACCCAUCCCCCACGCUGUGCAGAAGAAGCCGCGUUGCGUCGGGCUCUGGAACACACAGACGGCGAUCACUGCUCUCUGAUCCAGGUCUAUGAGGCCUUUGUACAGAGUGGAGCAGACAAAACUUGGUGCCAGGCUCGAGGUCUAAACUGGGCAGCAUUGUGCCAGGCCCAGAAACUUCGAGAAGAACUUCAAGAACUCAUGCAACGAAUUGAACUUCCCUUAUCCCAACCUGCCUUUGGCUCUGAGCAGAAUCGCAGAGACCUUCAGAAAGCACUGUUGUCAGGCUACUUCCUCAAGGUGGCUCGAGACACAGAUGGAACCGGAAAUUACCUGCUCCUGACCCAUAAGCAUGUGGCCCAGCUCUCCCCAUACUGCUGCUAUCGAGGCCGCCGGCCCCCCGCCACACUUCCACCAUGGGUGCUCUACCACAAUUUCUCCAUUUCCAGAGACAACUGCCUUUCCAUAGUCUCUGAGAUUCAACCACAGAUGCUGGUGGAGUUGGCCCCUUCAUACUUCCUGAGUAACUUGCCCCCCAGUGAAAGCAGAGACCUUCUGAAUCAGCUGAGGGAAGAAUUGGCGGAUCCUCCAGCAGAUCCUCCAGAAGAGAAUGAAUCCUCUUCUACUCAAGACUUUGGAGUUGCCUGUGUCCUACAGUGA